UUUUUUUUUUUUUUCAAUAUGCCUCCGAUCAUUGCCGACGCCGGCGCGGCGACGAGCGAGGCCGUGCAGCAGGUGGCAAUCCAGGUGGCGCCGACCGUGCAAGCGCUGCAGACGAGUGCCAAGUCGCUGGGCGACCUUGCCGUGUACUGCGCCCAGACUGCAGCAACCAAGCCAGCGCAAGCGUCGACGGAAUCGCGCAAGUUCGCGGUCGACGCGCUCUCUGCCGUCGCGUACCAGGUCAACGCCGCAGCCCAGGCAAUCGUCAACCUGCUCAACGUCCAGACCGACGCCAUGGAGCUCCUCACCCUCCGCACCAGCUCACUCCAAGCGAAAUUGCAAAUGGCACAUGCGAGUGCUGGCAUGGACGUGUACACCAACUUGCUGGUCGAGCGCUGCUUUGAUCGCGUGCCAAAGGCGCAAAAGCUGAUUGCCUCUCAGGUUCCGCAGCUGGAAGUCAAAACCCCGCUGACGAACGGGCGAUGCCGCGUCAACUUUGGUCUGCUGGACGGCGUCGGUGUCGGAGGCGCGCGCACCAGCACUUCGUUUGGUGACGAUGACAGCGGCGUGCCGGACGACAGGAUGCGCCACGGCACUAUUUCUGGUCGCUCUGCUCGCCAGGCGGCUGCUCGCAAGACAGUAGUUGGCCCGCCUGCACAAUCGGUCGUCGCUCCCAGCGCACCUGCCUCGUUUGUGGCGCCGACCGCUCCUUCUGGCUUUAAAGCCCCGACCGCUCCAGUUGCUCCAGCCGCUCCAGUUGCACCGGCCGCACCGAUUGCGCCUGCUGCACCGGCCGCACCGAUUGCGCCUGCUGCUCCGUUCAUUGCACCCAGCACUCCAGCCUUUGCUCCAGCUCCCUCUGUGGCUGCUGCUCCAGUCGCGAAACAAGCUCCUCCCACCUUGUCAAAGCCUCAAGGUGUCCCACCAGUCAAGCCGAAGCCGCUCUCUCAGACAACCAUCCCGCCGCCGCCUGUUGAAGAGUUUGUUCCUCCGCCGCCCGUCGCAGAAUUUGUGCCGCCUCCGCCACCUGUCGAAGAGUUUGUUCCCCCGCCGCCUGCCGUGGAGGAGUUUGUGCCGCCACCACCGCCUGUCGAGAUGGACUUGCCUCCGCCGCCACCGCCGGACAUGGAUGAAAUGCCGCCGCCGCCUCCGCCAGCCGACGACGACAUUCCCCCACCGCCAAUGCCCGAAGAGGCUCCUCCACCGCCAGCCCCUGCCCCCGCCCCUGUGCCUGCAGCGCCUGCACUUCCACGUGGACGCAUGAUGUACGAUUGGGCCGCACAGAAGGCCGACGAAAUCUCCGUGUCCGAGGGCGACAUUAUUGAGAUUAUCCUCAAGAACGAAGACGGUUGGUGGCAAGCUCGUAUUCCCGGUGGUCCCGAAGGCCUGCUUCCUUACAAUUACAUUGCCGAGAUUUGAACAGUUGUUUUGUUUGUGUCCCUUUUUGAACAGUCCUAUGGCGCGUGUGUGUGUGUGAAUGUGUGUGAAUGUGUGCCUUGUACUGUUCACAUUGUCUUUCGCCCUCCUCCCACUCAAUUACACAUUGACAUGAAUGCGCUCUUUUUUAAUCAUUU